AUGGUGCCUAGCAACGUCACCCAUCAGGGCCAGGAGGCAAGCGAGGGCCGUCUGCUCCAGCUUGCUGUCACUUGGUUCCAGGAUGUUCUGUGGCUUGACCAGGCUCCCUCACAGCACAUCCCAAAGCCAUGGGUGAUCCCAGUCCUAAAGGGGACCCUACAGCGCAUCUUUGGGACCAGCCAGGUGUUCCAGAACUUUGAUGAUAUAAAGCCAAAGUCCACGGGGUUAACAGUGCACCUCAAAGUCAAGGAGUACUACCAUCAAGGCCAUCAGUGCUUGGAGCAAGAAGACUGGGAGGUGGCCGUGCUGUUCUUCUCCCGUGCCCUCCACCUGGACUCCCAGCUGGUAGAAUUCUAUGCCUUAAGAGCCGAGGCCUACAUCCAUCUCUGUGACUUCUCCUCGGCUGCCCAGAACCUGCGAAGGGCCUACUCCCAGGCAGACAACACCGAUUACCUGGAGCGGCUCACCUUUGUGCUUUACCUGAAGGGCCAGUGCCUGUUCGAGCAAUGUGCCUUUCUGGAUGCCCUGAAUGUCUUCUCGCAAGCCUCUGAGCUCCAGCCUGAGAAGUCCUGCUUCCGUUAUCGAUGCAUGGCCUGUCUCCUGGCUCUCAGACGGCAUCAUGAAUGCCUCUCCUUCGUCACCAAGGAGCCCAACCUCUGCUAUCAAGACCUACACAGUGCCUUGCUGUUGGACCCCAAGCACCCACAGGCCAAAGUGCUGCUCAAGGUGAUGGUGGGCCAGGCCCAGCAGGCUCGCCAAGAUGCUGGGAUCCUGGCCGUGCAGGGCAAGCUGCAACACGCACUGCAGUGCAUCAACUGUGCCAUCGAGAACAACCCUCUAGACCCCAGCCUCUUUGUCUUCCGGGGCACCAUGUACCGACGGCUCCGGGAGUUUGAUGCUGCCGUGGAGGACUUCCUGAAAGCACUGGACAUGAUGACCGAGUCCCAGAAGGAGUUGGUGCAGCAGGCGCAGCGCCAACUGCUGCUGGCCUACAACGACUUCGCGGUGCACUGCUACAUGCAGGGCGCCUACCAGGAGAGUGUGCUGCUGCUCAACAAGGCGCUCAAGGACGAGCAGAAGGAGAAAGGCCUCUAUAUCAACCGCGGCGAUUGCUUCUUCCAGCUGGGCAACCUGACCUUUGCUGAGGCGGACUACCAGCAGGCGCUGGCGUUGAGCCCGAGGGACGAGGGCGCCAACCUGCGAAUGGGUCUGCUGCAGGAGAAGCUGGGCUUCUGCGAGCAGAGAAGCAGGCAGUUCCAGAAGGCAGAGAGCCACUUCUCAGUGGCCAUCCAGCACAAUCCCCAGAAGGCCCAGUACUACCUGUACCGUGCCAGGAGCCGGCAGCUCUUGCAGAACAUUUUUGGGGCCCGCCAGGAUGUUGCCACUGUCCUGCUCCUUGACCCCAAGCUACCAAAGGUGCUCCCGCUGAUGGCCAGUCUUUUCCCUGGCAUGUCAGUGGAGGAGGUGCUUGGCAGCCAGGUGGCCCACCUGGCCAGGUUGCUGCUGGAUCGGGUGGUGGAGAGCAGCCUGCAGGCCAGCACCCCUCAAGAUAUCAUGGGGCAGCUCAAGGAGCGGGAACUAGAGCGCCAGAAGGCCCAGGCCCUGUGGCUCUCAUGGAAGCUGGAACAGCCCUUGUUCGAGACCUCCAAAGAGUGGGAGGCCACUCGCCAGUCCCUGCAGGCAAAGCCAGAACGCCCAGAGUUAGAGGCUGAGGCCCCUGAGGAGAAAGAGGAGGAGAAGCUGGAGCCGGCCCCCAGCAAGGAGAGGUCCCUGACCGACAGCUAUGUUGACCAGACCUCUUCGGGCUCCGUCUGGGGCUGCAGGACCACAUCCAUGUCAGAAAUGGAGAUGUCCACUACCUGCCAGGAAUACAAGAGCACCUCGACCACUGCUGUGACAUUCUCUGACUCCUCACUGCUAAGGACACAGUCCUCAGACUUGGGGGACAACAGGGAAGACCUAAACCUGAGCCACAGCCCUAGAAAAUCCAAAUAUGCCCAGGGCCAGAGCUGGAGGCCCAGCGGGACCGAGGCCACCCAGAGCCGGAGGCCCGGUGGGACCAAGGCCGCCCAGAGCCAGAGGCCCGGUGGGACCAAGGCCGCCCAGAGCCAGAGGCCCGGUGGGAUCGAGGCCGCCCAGGGCCCCAGGCAAAAGUUCAACAAGACUAAAGCCACCCAGGGCUCAAAGCAGAGGUUCAGAAAGGCCAAGGGUGCCUAUGGCUGGAACUGGGGAUUCAGAAAGGCUGAUGCCACACAGGACCAGAGCUGGGGACUGAUCCAAAGUUCCAGCAAGACCAAGACUUUCUAUGACCGAAGUUGGAGCCCCUGCAACACUGAGGUCACCCAAGGCCAGGGCCAGAGCCAGAGGUCCAGCAAGUCCAAGGCUUCCCAGAGCUGGAGCCCAGAGCGUGAACCCAGGCUCCAGCAAGACCAAGGUCAACUGGGGACUGAGCCCAAGUCUCAGCAAUACCCAGGCCACCCAGGGCCUGAAAUAGAACCCCAGCCCUAG